AUGGUGAUGAACUCUUUAAGGCAAGAAAUAAACAUCAAAACAUGUGAUAAUGCCAUACCAAUCAUUGAAUCAAGCAGAAAAUUAUGGAAUCAACAAAAUUUCACUACAGCAUUUCCCAAACCAUCCCAGCCAGGUGGAAAAAAGAUAUUAAGACCUUCAGAAAUACAAAUCACAGUUCCUAGACAUGACAAAAGAAAUGUAGAUGAACUUCAGAAGCCAGCUCAUAUAUGGAUAAGGAAGUCUUUAAGGAAAAAAUUUCAAAGUAUAUCUAUUAAUUUAACCAUCAGGAGACAGGCCUCAUUCAGACAUAUAACCCAUUCUGAAAAGGAAGAAUCUAAAAAGUGCAAAGAUGACAAAAAAGGAACAACUUUGAAGAAAAUUUCCAAUAAAGACACAGGCCCACAUGAAAUAGAUGAGAAACCUAAAGGAGGAAAUAAAGCAGAUAAAACUCCAUCAAAAUCAUCACAUGAAAGUCAACUAUCUAAGAAGUUAAAGUCCAAAUCAGAAGCAAACCCAGAAUCCAAAGAUUCUAUACCAGUUUCAAUAAAGCAUCAAAAAAAAGAUAAGAGAUUUUCAAAAGAUUCCAAGGAGAUGGAAUUUGAAUCCAUAAGUACAAAAAAGUACUCUAAGAGCUCAAAGAAUAAUUCUGGUGCCAUAUCAGAGACUUUCUCAAAAUAUAGUUCAAUUGUGGGUUUAAUGAUGCAUUUAGGGGAGUCAGAUGCUGAAUGCAUGAAAUUUGCUAUGUGGUUAAAGAAUAAUUCACAGAAUAAUUCGAAGAAGCCCACAAAGAAGGAUGCAAAAAAAGAUGCAAAGGGGAAGGGCUCUGAUGCUGAAUCUGUAGAUUCAAAAGAUGCAACGAAAGAUGCAAAGAAAGGUAAGAAGGGUGCAGCGAAAGGCACCAAGAAGGAUGCAGAGUCUACUGAUGCAGAAUCUGGAGACUCAAAAGAUGCAAAGAAAGGCAAGAAAGAGUCAAAGAAAGAUGACAAGAAAAAGGAUGCCAAGAAGGAUGCUGCAUCUGAUGCAGAAUCUGGAGACUCAAAGGAUGCAAAGAAAGAUUCGAAAAAGGGCAAGAAAGAUGAUAAGAAAAAGGAUGCCAAGAAAGAUGCAGAAUCUACUGAUGCAGAAUCUGGAGACUCAAAGGAUGCAAAGAAAGAUUCGAAAAAGGGCAAGAAAAAUGACAAGAAAAAGGAUGCCAAGAAGGAUGCUGUGUCUACUGAUGCUGAUUCUGAAUCUGAAUGGGAUGCAAAAAAGGGUGGGAAAGAUUCAAAGAAAGAUAAGAAAGAUUUAAAGAAAGAUGACAAAAAGAAGUCUGCAAUGAAAUCUGAAGAGUCUACUGAAACUGAGUCUGAUUGGGAGUCAAAGAAGGUUAAACGAGAUUCAAAGAAAGACUCCAAAAAGAGUGCAAAGAAGGACACAGAGUCUAGUGAUGCUGAAUCUGAUGUGUCUUCCAAAAGAAACCUAAAGAAGACUGAAAUGUUCAAAAGUUCAGAUGCUGAAUCUGAAGAGUCUCUAUUUAAACCUGGGCCUAAAAAGAGAGUUGAUGAAUCAGAUGCCACAUCUACAGAUUCAAAGAAGGAUGCAGUGGAACUAAAAAGAGGAGUCAAAAUGCCAUCCCGCAGGACUACAUUCAAAGAAAAAGGAAAAAAAAUAGGUGCAGGUAGAGUUCCUCCAUCAAGAAAAAGACCACCACUACCUCCUUGUGAGCCUUUACUGCCAUCACCUAGAGUCAAACGUCUCUGUUGGUGCCAGAUGUCUCCUCCACCUCCAAAGCCAAGAUACGCUUCUCUGCCUGAAGCAAAAUGGAUUCAUAAGCUGCUUUAA